UUUCUUAGUAAUUUAAGCUUAAGUAAGACUAAAACGUUUAUGCACCAUGCUGCACAAUAUUGUUUUACAAUAUAUCACUAUCAUGUUUAACAAAACAAAUAUAUAUGUCUGCACAUUUAUAAUGAAACUGAAGAGACUAAGUGGAGUUUAUUCAUUUAGCUAAUUAGUGCUCAUGUAAAGGUAAUUAAUUUAGUGUAACAGACAUACAAUGAUUAAAUUUAUAUUGAUCUACUUAAAUAUUGUGUGAUAUAAUGAUUUUAAUUGGUUGACUAGGGCAUGUGCCCCAUUUAUAUAUACAUUCCUAGAAUCAAGAAAUACAUUGAUCAUUUUAGUUUCUAUUAGAGUAAAGUGUAAUUCAGUGAUUCUGAUUCAAUUUAUAUUUGUAUUUUUAUGUUAAUCAUUUAAAUUUUUUCACAAUAUAAUGAAUAUGUCAUCGGGAACUUUUCAUUUAUCACCUUGUGCACCAAUUACAAAGUUUUUCAAAGAUAAAUCUGUUAAAGAGGUUCGUGAAAACACAUCACAUAUUAAUGCACAUUUGGUCAGUUUUAAAAGAUGGUUACGUUCAAUGCCACACCUUUCUUGUGCAGAUGAUGAUCGAAUAUUCUUGCCAUUUCUACGUCAAGCAAAAUAUAAUCAUUCAGAAGCUCAAAUGCGUUUAGAUAAUUUUAUUACAUUGCGUACAUCACCAGAAAGUCCUGUGGUUAAUUGGUAUGAUCGUUCAACCAUAACUAAUACAAUACUUGAUGAAUAUUUAAACAUGGGCUUUCAUUGUCCAAUUGGAUUCCUUCAUGAUGGGACAUUUUUAUUUCUGAUUCGAAUUGGUUGCUGGAACAAUAAUCGUGUAUCUACCGAGAGUGUACUCAAAUUACUCAUGAUUCAGUUAGAUCGUAUCUUGGAAGAUCCAAGAGUUCAAAUUUGUGGUUUGCGAGUAUUUAUUGAUUUCACCGGUGUCUCACCUUCUCUAUUGGAUACAAUUAAUCCGAAAAAGACCAUUAAAGAUUUAAGUAAAGUAUUACAGGAAGCUUAUCCAUUUCGUAUGAAAGGAAUAAUCUAUUAUAAUGAACCGCCAAUUAUGGAAGUUUUGUUCAAAUUACUAGCACUGUGGUUGAGACCAAAAGUUAGAGAACGGUUUAUAAGAGUAAAAGGUAAUAUAAAGAAAGCCUAUGAAAAAGUACCCGGUCUCGAAAGUGUACUGCCUAGAGAAUAUGGUGGUCAUAAUAGAAGUAUUAAAGACAUUUUAAACAAAACGAAACAUAAGAAAAAUCAAAUGUGUGUAUGUAGUUCAAGGAUGAAGUACCGCUAGGUUGCUUUUUUUGAUCUCGAACAGUAUGUUUUUUUUCUAUAAUGAAAAAAAUUAAUUUUUUUCAGAAUAUUUGUGUUUUAGAUACGAAUCAAAUAAGAGGUAAUUGAUAACCUGAAAGCUAAAAUUGUUCACUCAUUCAAAAUGAAGAAGAGUAAAGAAGGAGCAAAGAUAAUGAAGGUGUUGGUUCAAAGUAGGACUAUUAGAUUAUUUUAUUGUAAUAAAAAAGGGAUGUUAAUAAUGAGAGGAGAGGGAGUAAAAGUUAGUAAUUUAUAUAUCUAUUACUAUUCACAAAAUAAAAUACUUAUUUUAGAAAAACAGAACAUUUUAUGUAAUAUAUGCGAGGUACUAGUAG